AUGGAUCCCGUGGUUUUUCCCUUCUAUCAUUUAGAGGGGUUUCCACGUAAAAUUCUCGUAUCCAAUUUAUUUUCAUCAUAUCAAAUUUUAGUUGUGGUGCUUCCUCCCCAAACAAACUCUUGUAACGAACUUCAAGAGCUUAGGGUGUUUCCUUCUGAUCCAUUUGCGGCAGGACCAAAUGUAUCCUUGACAGAGCAAGGCCUUGUAGCUGUCUCAGCGGGCUGCCCUAAGCUUCAGUCAGUUUUAUACUUCUGCCGCCAAAUGACAAAUGAUGCCUUAGUUACUAUUGCAAGGAACCGUCCUAACAUGAUCCGAUUUCGUUUGUGUAUUCUCGAGCCUCGCACUCCUGACUACUUAACCCUUGAACCACUUGAUGCUGGUUUUGGGGCCAUUGUGCAACACUGCAAGGAAUUGCGUCGACUUUCUCUCUCUGGCCUCCUUACAGAUCGUAUGUUUGAGUACAUCGGGGUCCAUGCUAAGAAGUUAGAGAUGCUUUCCUUAGCUUUUGCAGGGGAUAGUGAUCUAGGCCUCCACUACGUUCUCUCUGGUUGUGAGAGCCUCCGUAAGUUGGAGAUUAGAGACUGCCCCUUUGGCGAUGAGGCUCUGUUGGCCAAUGCUGCAAAGCUGGAGACAAUGCGAUCCCUUUGGAUGUCUAAUUGUUCAGUAAGUUUUGAAGCAUGUAAGCUGCUAGCUCAGAAGUUGCCAGGGCUUAAUGUUGAAGUUAUAGACGAGAGGGGACAUCCAGAUACGAGACCAGAAAGUUGCCCCGUUGAGAAACUUUACAUCUACAGGACAGUGUCAGGAAGGAGGUUCGACACUCCUGGUUUUGUUUGGAUAAUUGGUGAAGAUGCAGCAUUGACUCCAUAUAGCAACGGGAAUUGCACUCUGGCUUCUGCUUAGGAAGACUUUCAGGUAUUAGUUCUAUGUUAAUCUUUCUCCCGCGUUUACUUGCUUGAGCCUUGUGUAAUUGCAGUGCUGGUUAUGGUGGGAAUGAAACGCGUGUGCCAUCGAUUUUACCCUUUGUGGAGCGACUUUCAGCAAUUAGUUACAAAUAAUGAGUUUAAACUCUUCUUGUUGUGCUAUAUCAGUAAGGACUUCUAUUGUAUUUUUGGGUGGGAGGGGGGCAUGUUCAACUGUGUAUCCUAUUUUGUACCAUUAUGUAUCUGUUUUUUAACUUUCUCUAGUGACUUGUUCUUCUGGUGAAAUGGUGCUGUCAUGUACUUCUGGUCAUGUAUUGUUAUAAUUCUCUUUGAAGAUUAAUGUGAACCUUUCAUUCAUUUGAGUACUGGAAAUCCCAUUUGUUGAA